GUGAGGAACAAGCAGUAAGAGAUACACCACCAUACAGUAUAGCAAUCUUCCAAAAAUGAUGAUUAUCGGCCGGUCACCUCACUCACAUCCGACCGUCCAAAUCCCUCCUUGGGAUUUUACGGAUGAUCCGACGGUUGAUGUUUACUCCCCAUUUUCUGCUAGCCCUGAUUCUGCUUUCGAUGCCUUGAAGGCGUUGCAGCGUUACCUGCCGUCGAAUGGUAACGACGUUAUUUUUGACUCUGAUGGGUUGGACAUUCCGGUGGAUGCUUUCUCAUGUGAUAACUUCCGUAUGUAUGAGUUCAAGGUGAGGAAGUGUGCACGUGGAAGGUCACAUGACUGGACCGAGUGUCCGUACGCUCAUCCCGGUGAGAAGGCUCGCCGGAGGGAUCCUCGGAAGUAUCAUUACUCAGGUACUUCUUGUCCGGAGUUUCGUAAAGGUCAGUGUAAGAAAGGUGAUGCAUGUGAGUACGCUCACGGCGUAUUCGAGUGUUGGCUUCACCCUGCUCGCUAUCGUACGCAGCCUUGUAAGGAUGGGACCCACUGCCGCCGCCGCGUGUGCUUCUUCGCGCACACACCGGAGCAACUCCGUGUUCUCCCUCAGAACAGUCCGAGAAGCCAUAACGAGUCGUCUGACGGGUCUCCGGGUCGACUCGGGUUUGAAUCGUUCUCGUCGUCUCCGCCGCUCGACUCGCCUCCGUUGACUCCACGUGGACUGGCUGAGUCGAUGCGUAAUAUGAAGAUUGGGAUUGUGAGGGGUGGUAUGCGUACUAUGCAAAUGGGUUCUCCCGGGUUUGGUUCACCACGGAGCCCAUCAAUGCUCCGACCCGGAUUCAUGAGCCUGCCAACAACUCCGACCCGGAGUGGAGCGGCGGUGUUCGAUCAGUAUUGCGAAGAAGAGCCAGCGAUGGAGAGGGUAGAAUCUGGUAGGGAUCUCCGAGCCAGAAUGUAUGCUAAACUAAGCAAGGAGAACUCUCUUGACUUGGGUGCUCCGGAUGUUGGAUGGGUUUCCGAAUUGCUGAAAUGAAUUCGGGUGCGGGUACGGGUUAUGAACUUUUUUUGCUGGUAAUGGAUUUCCAGAUCUGUGGCCUCUCGACUUUUGUAAAUAGUGAAGGAUUAUUGGUGUAAAUACUUUAGCAGUUUGGGCUGGAGAGAUUAGCCUUUUAAUCUCUAUUUUGUGUUUGCUUAUUUGGGCGAGUUUGAAUAUUUGGUAGUACAUAAGGAGGAGAAGGGAUCUUUCUUAAUUGCAGGGGCUGCAGAUGUAUAUAUGAUUUUUAAUUUGUAUCUCAUUUUUGCUAAUGUUUAAAGCUUUUUUUCUAA